AAUUGUGGAGGACCAACGAUCACCGUUAGAAGCUCCAUAGAGAACGUAGCGAACUUUUAAGGCGAAGACGAAGCAAUUCCCUUAUCAUUCUCCUUUGAUUUUGACGUUUUCAUCUUUUCAAGCCAACAUCUGUUGUCGCCAUCAACGAAAACGAAGAUUCAAACUGGAAUCAUCUUCAAAUUCUUUUUCCUCUUCAGGAAUCCUUCACUUUUUCCCAUUUUCCGUCUCUGAUGCUGUUCGAAGCUACUGGCGAUGCAACGACCCUCAGUUACUGGUUAAACUGGUGGGCAUUAAUCUGUGAAAUUUGGGUAUUUGCUUCUUUUACAUUUGCACUAUGGAUGAUAUGGAAUUACGAAGUCAAGGAUAGAUUAGGACAUAGCCGACAAGGAACUCAGCAGGAUAAAAACAAACUUCGGGGUUGUGAAGCUUGGACACCAUGUCUCAUACAAAUUCAUCCCAUCUUUUUAUUGGCUUUUCGAGUUUGUGCAUUUGGUUUGAUGUUGGCUUCAUUAAUUGUGAAGGCUUUGGUUAACGGAGCUUCCAUGUUUUAUUAUUAUACUCAAUGGACAUUUACUUUACUUACAAUAUAUUUUGCGUGUGGGUCAUUGAUUUCCAUAUAUGGAGUUUUUCUCUGUAACAGAAAAAGAACACAAGGUCUUUAUGCUCAACUUAAUGAGAAUAGGAUGGAGGAAGGGCAACAUGUUCCUCUUCUUUCUGGGAAGCCCUCAAAUUUAAUUGGAGGAAAUAUAGUUUCGUAUUCCAAGGACCAAAGCUUGUCUUCGACGGCUGUCAACAUCUGGAGUUAUACUUUUGAAGUUCUAUUCCAGAUCAAUGCAGGGGCAGUAGUACUCACUGAUUGCACUUAUUGGUUUGUCAUAUUCCCAUUUCUUACCAUCAAAGAUUACAAUUUAAGCUUUAUGAUGAUCAAUAUGCACACGCUGAAUUUGAUUUUACUUCUCGGUGAAACUGCUCUUAAUAGCUUGACACUUCCAACGUUCCGAAUUUCAUUCUUCUUUUUAUGGACGGGUAUUUAUGUCAUUUUCCAGUGGAUCGUUCAUGCAUUUGUUUCGAUUGGAUGGCCUUACCCAUUUCUUGAUCUGUCGGCUCCUUAUUCUCCAUUAUGGUAUCUACUAAUGGGAUCGAUUCACAUUCCAAGCUAUGGUAUUUUCAUGUUGAUUAUAAAACUGAAACAUAAACUAAUAAUGAAGUGGUUCCCUCAACCAUACCAGUGCUAGCAAGACUGACAAAUGUUAAUCAUGGAGAUAGCUAGCAAAAGGAGAGAGGUGGAAUGGAGAACACAUCUGUGGAUGCUAUUUCCAAAGAUGUAAAUGUAUAACCAUAGGCUUUUAAUCGUGCCUACAAUGUUACUGUCAUGUAUAUGACAUAAUUGAUUUUCCUUUUAAUUUUAA